CGCGCGGUUCCCGCUGAAACAAUCGAGUAACCAAUUAGCAAUAACCUCACCGCGUUCCAAAUUUGAAACGUUCCAAUUUUGAAAAUUUGUGUGUGUUGUGCUUUUUAUUCUAGUUUGACACUGGCUGGUUAGAAACAAAAGUGAACGAAUAACCCAAUGAGCGCGUGAGAUGUGCCCCGCGUGCUUGAGUUCGUGACGUGCGAUGCGCGCGCACUGACGUGCUGAGUGACGCGACAACAUGGCCGACCCCGACGCGUUCGACGAUGAGAAGCUGGUUGUGGGCGGUCAGAAUCAGAGGAACUGGCGAGGGAUCCUCAUCGCACUCCUGGUGAUCGUGGCUGUGCUGGCACUGAUCGUGACAUCGGUGGUGCUGCUGACACCCCCGGAUGAAGGGCCCAGGGUCAAGGGCAGGCGGCUGCGGAUCCAGGAUCUGCUGACUGAUGAUCUGACGCCAGUGAGGUGGAACGGCACGUGGAUUUCUGGCGAUGAGUACGUGUACCACGACGUGUGGGGCGGCAUCAGCCUCAUGUUCGCUGCUAACCAGACCUCCAAGACCCUCAUGCCCAACACCACUUUUAGAGUGUUGGAGCCAGCAUCGUUCUCCGUGUCGGCGGACCGACGGUUCCUGCUCCUGGCCCAGGGCUUGAAGAGGAUCCACCGCCACUCCUACCUAGCCCGGUACACCGUGUACGAUAUACUCACUACAGAGUCGUACCCCCUAACCCCUCUACCAGACGAGGUGGGGGGCGUCAUAACCGAGGGGCCCCACUUACUACUGGCCACAUGGACCCCCAAGGGUCACGGGCUUAUCACCGUGAAAGAUUACGACAUCUACUACAGGCCGGCCCCCCGGUCGUCUACGGGGUACCGGGUGACAGAAACGGGGAUUCCCGGGACGAUUCAUAAUGGUGUCCCGGAUUGGCUGUAUGAAGAGGAGGUCCUCAAGUCCCGGUCAGCAUUAUGGAUGUCAGCUGACGGCCACAUGGUGUUAUAUGCCACCUUCAACGACAGUCUCGUGCACGAGCAGAAGUUCUCCUGGUACGGCCCCGCUCUGGACACUGAUGACCCCUCAAAGACCUACCCAGAGAUCAGGAGUGUCAGAUAUCCGAAGCCUGGCACCAACAAUCCCACAGUGACACUGACGGUGGCUGACAUCGCCGACCCCAAACACAUCAGGACCAGGCACCUGACACCACCCAAAGUUAUCAUUGAAGAAGGGGACUACUACUUCACCAGCGCUCAGUGGGUGUCCCUCACAGAAGUCUGCGUGGUGUGGCUGACCAGAACUCAAAACCUCUCCGUGGUGUCCGUCUGCAAGAGCCCCAUGUGGUACUGUCAGGAGGUAUACAGGAUAUCCUCCGGCAACGACGGCUGGGUGGAAUCAGCACCGUCCCCCCUCUGGUCUGCCGGAGGGGGAGCCCUGGUCACGUUAGCCCCCAUCAGGGACGGACCAGCAGGCCUGUUCAGGCACAUAGUGAGGACUGAACAUAAUGCACACGGGCCGAGAGCGCUACCUCUUACGCACGGCAGCUUUGACGUGGUGAAGCUGCUGGCGUGGGACCACACGAAUCAGCACAUAUACUACCUGGGUAUACCCGAAGGCAAGCCAGGCCAGCAGCACCUGUACAGAGUGUCGUCGGAGCCGCCGCGGCCGGGCUCGCCGCAGAAGCUCCCUUACUGUGUCACGUGUAAUUCACAACCAUCGCCGUCCAUCAACCUGGAGUACUACGGCAGCUUGGCGUCCUCAGGGGACAGUACUUGGGACGCAGACUGGGAUGAGGAGCUACCAACUGCUACGUCCCCCUCGCCUUCCAAUAAGAAGAGGAAGAAGAAACACCCUGAGGGCAUGCCCCAGAACCUCCCGUGCCUGUACCACGAGGCGCACUUCAGUCCCUCAUCAGCAUACUUCGUGCUGGAGUGCCUCGGCCCUGGAGUGCCGACCUCCAGCCUCCACAAGAGUGCCCUGCCAGAGCCCAGGGCACUGCUACACUUAGAGAAUAAUACUGCUGUUAAGGAGCGGCUAUCCUCAAUAGCGCUGCCCACCCCCAGGACAUUCUCCGUGCAGCUGUCCAGCGGGCAUGCAGCCAGGGUAAGGCUGCUACUCCCACCAGGGCUCAGGGAAGACGAGGUCACCAAGUACCCUCUGGUGUUGAUGGUGCACGGCGCACCAGGGACGCAACUAGUGACAGAGCGAUGGAGCCUCGACUGGUGCAGCGUGGCGGCGGGGGCGGGGGCGGUGGUGGCGGCGGUGGACGCGCGGGGCGCGGGCGGCAGGGGGCUGGCGGCGCACCACGCGCUGCACCGGCGCCUGGGCACGGUGGAGCUGGCUGACCAGCUGGAAGUCGCUGAGUACCUUCGCGAUUCCCUCCACUUUAUCGACGCCCGCCGAGUGGCGGUGUGGGGCCGAGCGCACGGAGGCUUUCUGGCGUCCCUGGCUCUGGCCAGCCCGUUGAGUGUCUUCCAUUGUGGCAUCGCCAUCACCCCCAUCGUCCGCUGGCGAUAUUACGCGUCAGCAUACGCAGAGCGCUACAUGGGCUUCCCGAACGCGACGGGCAACUACCGGGGGUAUGCCGACGCUGACGUCACGAAGCAAGCAGCAGCGUUGCACGACAAGAUGUUGCUGUUGGUGCACGGCACAGCAGAUGACAAUGUCCACGUGCAGCAGACGAUGGCGCUGGCUAAGGCGCUAGCUGAUCAUGGAAGCAUGUUCCGGCAGCAGAUUUACCCUGACGAAGGCCACAGCCUGGAGGGAGUUAAGCGCCAUCUCUACAGGACCAUGUCUUCGUUUCUGGACGACUGCUUCCGCAAACAGGUGCCCCCAGAGACGAAGGCGGGACUGCGGAACGGUGGGAACCUCGACUGAGAUACGUGGAGGGAUGAGGAGUUGUACUCUUGGUAAACGCAAGAAAUAGUCGUGAAACUAAUUAGGAAAAACUUUAAAGCCCUAUUGAACCCGUAGUACAACCUUUUCCAUAUCCUACCCACACUGUCUACUGCCAAUGAGUGGACUCUUAACACAUCAAACUUUUUGUGAUACAUAGUUUUAUAGACUUGUGAGUUCGACCCUCUAUUUAAGGAGUUGCUGCGAUCCCGUUGCUCUACUGUGGUGUUUAAGUGAUUGUGAACUGUCAAUUUCACGUAACUCGACUGAUCGUCUCUUGUUACUGCGCAUGUAGACGUGGCAGUAUGCGACAAUAACGAACAUAAUAUUAAUUUUUAUUGUAAAUAAAUCAUGUGCAUUAUUUGACAGGCAGGCAACGGUGUCGUGGGUAAACAGCGUAGCCUAAGGAGCCUUCUAUGAACACUGCGUUAGUUCAUAGAAGAAAAUUAUCGGUGAGACGUGCUAUUAUUAAACGUGUUAUCGAUCCGCAAUCGGUUUAUGCGAAUAUCACGAUAAAAACGUUGUAAAAUUUUAGCACUAAGUUACAUCAUAUUAAUUAAGCAAAUGUGACCAAUGAAAAAUUCGAACGUAAAUUGGCACAAAACAAGUUUUGAGAUCUAGAAUCUAUAUCUGUAUCGUGUUUGAGAAGAAAUUACGAAGAUAUUUAAAUCAAACGUCGCUAAACCAAAGAAUGGUAUUAUCGAAUGCCUAAAGAUUUAUUACCAGGACUUAAUGGGUCCUGUAAUUAAUAUCACAAGUUGAAUCGUAGCUGAGAAUCCUUCAGAAGGAUUUAAAUUAUUUAUACGAAUCGCAAUCCGAGAUAAUUCGUAAACUUUAUGUAGUGAAAACUAAAUAAUUUACGACUUUUUGAAUUUUGAUCUGGAUAUUCUUUUGCAUGUAACAUAUUCGCAAAAUUUCACAUUUGACUACAUUUGGAAUUAUACUUCUUUUUAGGAACAUAUUGACUUCAAAACUAUUUUAAAUAACUAAAAGCGUUUAUAAUAAAACCCAUUUAUUGACUCCAAUGCGUUCACUAGGUUUAAAAAUAAAUUAGUAAAUAAAUUAGGAAUUAAAACGUUAAAUUAUU